UCGUCUUUUGGGGUCCACCAUCCCACUCUGUUCCGCUCAGUGGGAGCGAAUGUUUAAUACAUCUCGAAUCCCGGGAGAAGAAACAGACACCAUCCAGCACAUCAAGGACAGCAAGCACAUCGUCGUGUACCACAGGGGACGCUACUUCAAGGUCUGGCUGUACCACGACGGGCGGCUGCUGAGGCCACGGGAGAUCGAACAACAGAUGCAGAAGAUCCUGGAUGACCCGUCGGAACCUCAGCCGGGGGAGGCCAGGCUGGCGGCCCUCACCGCAGGGGACAGAGUCCCCUGGGCCAAGUGUCGCCAGGCCUAUUUCGGACGGGGGAAAAAUAAGCAGUCUCUUGACGCCGUCGAAAAAGCAGCUUUCUUUGUGACGUUGGAUGAGACCAAACAAGGAUAUAGGAAAGAGGACCCAGACACGUCGAUGGACAGCUACGCCAAGUCUCUGCUGCACGGCAGGUGUUUUGACAGGUGGUUUGACAAGUCAUUCACGUUCGUGGUCUUCAAGAACGGGAAGAUGGGAAUGAAUGCGGAGCACUCCUGGGCUGACGCACCCAUCAUCGGCCACCUCUGGGAGUACGUCAUGGCCACUGAUAGCUUCCAGCUGGGCUAUGCAGAAGACGGACACUGUAAGGGAGACACCAACCCGAACAUUCUGUACCCCACCCGGCUACAGUGGGACAUCCCGGAGGAGUGUCAAGAGGCCAUCGAGACCGCCCUGAGCAGCGCCAGCCUCCUGGCCGACGACGUGGACUUCCACUCCUUCCCGUUCGACACCUUCGGGAAAGGUGUCAUCAAGAAGUGCCGCACCAGCCCCGACGCCUUCGUGCAGCUCGCGCUCCAGCUGGCCCACUACAAGGACAUGGGCAAAUUCUGCCUCACGUACGAGGCCUCCAUGACCCGGCUCUUCCGAGAGGGGAGGACAGAGACCGUGCGCUCCUGCACCACCGAGUCGUGCAGCUUCGUGCAGGCCAUGGUGGACCCGGGCCAGACGGUGGCUCAGAGGCUCAAGUUAUUCAAGGCGGCCUCCGAGAAGCAUCAGCUCCUGUACCGACUGGCCAUGACUGGUGCCGGGAUCGACCGACACCUGUUCUGCCUUUACGUCGUGUCCAAGUAUCUGGCCGUGGACUCGCCUUUCCUGAAGGAAGUUUUGUCUGAGCCUUGGAGACUGUCGACCAGCCAGACCCCCCAGCAGCAAGUGGAGCUGUUUGAUUUGGAGAACAACCCCGAGUACGUGUCCAGUGGAGGCGGCUUCGGGCCGGUUGCUGAUGACGGCUAUGGUGUGUCAUACAUUCUUGUGGGUGAGAACCUCAUCAAUUUCCAUAUUUCUUCCAAGUUCUCUUGCCCUGAGACGGAUUCCCACCGCUUCGGAAAGCAUCUGAAACAGGCAAUGACUGACAUCAUCACUUUGUUCGGGCUCAGUACUAAUUCCAAAAAUUAAUUCCGUGAGAGCUGCCGUGGAGGAAAAUGA